CCUAGAGGUGAUCAACAACCGCCGCGUAGCCCCCCAACCCCCCACGUGAAGCACGUUUUCCCUCCAUGUUGAGGUUGCUGCUUACCUUAUCUCCUGUUUCGUCCAACGAUAAGUAACCCCCAAUCUUUCCCCUUCAAACAUCAUUCAUCAAACGGAAGCACACAAACUUCAAGUGAUUACGCCACGAACUUUGGCGCGCUCUCGAGUCUCCGGCUCGCCCUCAUCACCUCUCAAUAUCAAAAGAGGUUCUGGCCAGCUCGUUAUUCAACAAUAGCUCGACGUCAUCGGUCUCCAUCUCAUCCACAAUCACGAUGAGUACCCAACCCUCGGACAGUGCGGAGCCAGGAGCCGCUCCGGCUGCCGUCAGCACUUACGCCGGCGUCGAGAAUACACCAACGGUCCCCGGAUCCGAACCAGAUGCUGCUAAACACGCCGAAGAGGAACCGAAAGUAGUCAAUCCCACUGAACCCCAGCCGACAGCACCAGUCGACAACGAGCCCAAACCCGCCGCUGCCCCCGCUCAAGAGGCCGACUCUCCCGCCGAUAUCAAGGACUCGGUGUCAACAACAGCGGGUGAGCUUUCUCCCCUCGCCCAGCUGUGGAAGGCCGCCGAGGGCCAUGCCCAUUUCGAGAUUUGGGGCGUCCCCCUCUCGGACCCCGAGAGACACAUCCCGACCCAGAUCAUUUUCCAGAAAUUCCUGAAUGCCAACGAGGGACAAGUCGAAAAGGCCAAGGAUCAGCUGCUCAAGACGCUCGACUGGCGCCAAAAGACACAGCCUCAGCAGCUGCUCCGGAAGAUGUUUUCCAAGGCCAAGUUUGAUGGUCUGGGCUACGUCACCACCUACACAGCCGGCGACGAGCCUGCUGUUGACGAGCCCGAGCAAAAGGAGGUUUUCACUUGGAACCUCUACGGCAGUGUCAAGUCUCUUGACGAGACCUUUGGCAACCUUCAAGAGUUUGUGGAGUGGCGUGUUGCCCUCAUGGAGCUUGGUCUUAUGGAAAUCAACAUUGGGGGGGCCAUCAAGCCCAUCACGGCCGACUACGACCCCUACAAGAUGACUCAGGUUCAUGACUACAAGGGCAUCAGUUUCUUGCGUCAAACCGACGUGGCCAAGGCGGCCAGCAAAGAGUGUAUCAAGGUGUUGGGCGACAACUACCCCGAGCUGCUCAAGGAAAAGUUCUUCCUUAACAUCCCUGCCAUCAUGGGCUUCUUCUACGGCCUCAUGAAGAUGUUUGUCUCCAAGAAGACGUUGAAUAAGUUCCAUCCCAUGUCUAGCGGCACAAACCUUGCAAAGGAAUUUGUCAACACCAAGGUUGACGGGUUGGGCGACAAGCUCCCUGCUGAGUACGGUGGCAAGGGCGCGGACUUGAAGACACUGGGCAAAGCACCUAUUGUCACGUAAGGUCCCGUUAUAAAGGUAAUGCGGCGACCAAGAAUGUUUGAUGAUGAACGUGUUGCUGGUCUGGGCAAAACGUAUGAAGCGAAAAGAGGGAGGGAAAAGUCUGUGACAUGUCCGACCAUGCUGCUUGUCUUCGUUACUAAUGUUUCACGCUUUACUGCCUAUCUUAUAGGCAUCUUUUCUUUCUCUUACUAGAACUAAUGGCGACAUCUCACUAAUACCGGCAGUAUGGGCCCAAAAACCGUUUUAGCAGCGUAGGUAGAGAUUUCAAAACAGGUCAAAGAGGCCUUUGUUUCCGAACCUGGGGCGGUCACACCAACACAAAUUUCCAUGUCUUCUCAACCAAG